CAAUCUGUGGCUCGUGAAAGACGCCAUUUUGUCGGUAACGGUGAAGUAGAGUGCUAGAGAAAGAUCGAGAAGCAACAGCUCUGAGAUAACACAAGAUGGGGAAUGUUUUCGCCAACCUAUUUAAAGGUCUCUUUGGGAAGAAAGAGAUGAGAAUCCUCAUGGUGGGACUGGAUGCAGCUGGGAAAACCACCAUUCUGUACAAACUCAAACUGGGAGAGAUCGUCACCACUAUUCCCACCAUUGGCUUUAAUGUAGAAACUGUAGAAUACAAAAACAUCAGCUUCACCGUCUGGGACGUCGGCGGUCAGGAUAAAAUUCGGCCUUUGUGGCGUCAUUACUUCCAGAAUACACAAGGCCUGAUCUUUGUUGUGGACAGUAACGACAGGGAGCGGGUGAACGAGGCAAGAGAGGAGCUGACAAGAAUGCUGGCGGAGGAUGAGCUGCGAGAUGCCGUCUUACUUGUCUUUGCAAACAAGCAGGAUCUUCCCAACGCCAUGAAUGCGGCGGAGAUCACAGACAAGCUCGGCCUGCACUCGCUCCGCCACCGCAACUGGUACAUCCAGGCUACUUGCGCCACUAGCGGAGAUGGUCUCUACGAGGGCCUGGACUGGCUCUCCAAUCAGCUGAAGAACCAGAAAUGAUCCAUUCCACUGUCUACAUGACAGGGCAGCUCCAGUCACGGCCUUAAUCCCCCCCCAGCCCCCCAAACCUCGUCUCGCAUCCUUACUGUUUCCACCCCUCCCACCCAGUUGGGCCCUGGCUGGCGCUGUCCCAUGUAUGUAUCUGUAAGAGUGUGUGUGAGUGUGUCUGUGUGUCUGUCAUCGGGGAGUGGGAGCAGCCCUGGCGUGCCUUACACACCUCCCGUAGAAAACACCCGUCCGGCUCUCUGGCUCCUUGUCCAGAGAGCGGUGUGGCACAGCACGUGCCCAUCCAGCCCACCUCAUGACAGCGUGGUUUUCAGUAGGCAAAGGAAGACCCAGGAUGCAGAGCGUUGUCAGCUUCCAAAGAAGAGCUCAAAAAGGAAAAUGAUUAAAAACCUGAUAUUCGUCACCAGUGGUAAAAUGUUAAGACCCACUUAAACAUCAUGUUGUAACCUGUAUCAGGUUGGAAGAAAGUCAAUAAAGAGGUUUCCUAGGUCCUUCUUUGCAUUAUUUGAAAAUCAUGCUGCCCCCCCCCUUCAUGAACAAGGCCCAAUCAGUCAUAGCUGAGGUUCUUAAAGGAACACUACCCAUGCCAUGAAGCACAAGCGAACACUGAGUAACAUUUCCCCCCCCCACACCAGGUUUUUACUUGUAUAUUAUUAUAUUGUCAUGGCUUCUUUCAUUCCUGUUAUGUUAAAGGCCUGUUCAGUAAACAAAUGAAAUGA